UGAGUCGAUCGGUGGAUACGCGUGGUACAGGCUUUUAUUAGUCCCAUGAUCGCUGUCACAACCAGGGCUGUCAAACCUACGUUACACUCAGCCGGGUAUAAGAUCGAACGCCUUUCGUCAUCCGAGUCUCAGAGAUCUCAACGUCCGCGUCAACUUCGACACUUUGACAAUGCGCCUACUGGUCCUGGGUGCCGCUCUGCUGCUGCCCGCUGUUAGCCUCGCGCUGAGCUGGACUGCGACGCCCUUUAGUCCCCCUUCUUACCCUCUUGCAGUUCGCUCUCCGUACCUCUCCGCUUGGUUGCCUCAAGGGAGUGGCACGGCGUUGAACGGGGCUUGGCCACAAUUCUGGACCGGUUCUACCCUAGGAUGGGCAGGCUACGUGAACGUAGAUGGCUCGUCCUACAGCUUCCUCGGUGAUUCGUCUGUGUCUGGCGCAACUUUCUCGAAGGCUUCACAGAAAAGCGCAGAGUUCACCAGCACUCAGAGCAUCUUCGUAUUGACUGCAGGAGGAAUCGACUUGACCGUCACCUUCCUCAGUCCUGUCGAGCCGAGCGACUUGCUGAACCAAUCCAUUCCUUUCUCUUACAUGGCGCUGUCUGCGGCUUCUAAUGACGGUCAAUCGCACACUGUGUCUGUGUACUCAGACAUCAGCGCAGAGUGGGUCUCUGGUGACGAUGGCCUAACGGUUAACUGGACUACGACUACCGGCGACAUAAUCUUCCACCAAGUGCAGCUCGAGGACCAGACCGAGUUCGGCGAAGUCGAUGACCGUACUCAACAGGGCUCCGGAUACUAUGCGACGUUGAACACAAACAACGUCACCUACCAGACCGGCCAGGACAUCGUUGUUCGUGCGCAGUUCAUCAAGAACGGCGUACUCGCAAACACCCAAGACACGAACUUCCGCGCGGUCUCGAAUGAUUGGCCCGUGUUCGCCCUCGCGCACGACCUGGGCACAGUUUCGGGAACGUCAGCCACCGUCCUCUAUGCCGUCGGCCAUGUCCGCGACCCGGCAAUUCAAUACAUCAUCGCGGAUGAUCAGUUACAGCAACGGAACUUGUACUUCUGGAGUCAAUUCUCAACGGCAACGGAAGUGCUGUCGACGUUCUUGGGCGAUUAUGAAAAUGCGUUGGCGAGGGCCGCUGCGUUUGAUGCACAGAUCAGCUCGGACGCGUCUAAAAUCUCGUCUGACUAUGCUGACUGGGUCGCACUUGCCGUCCGCCAGGCCUUCGGUUCCAUCGAGUUCACGAUCUCGAAAGACAGCUCUGGCAACUUCAACACGUCAGACAUCAUGACAUUCAUGAAGGAAAUUUCGAGUGACGGCAAUGUCAACACGGUCGAUGUCAUUUACCCAGCUUGGCCCAUAUUCCUGUACACGAAUCCCGCCAUCGGCAAGUAUCUCCUCCUGUCCUUGUUUGAAUACCAGGCAACUGGUCAGUAUCCGAACGGAUGGGCUGUGCAUGAUAUGGGGGCGCAUUACCCGAAUGCAACUGGUCACAAUGACGGGAAAGACGAGCCCAUGCCACUCGAAGAGAGCGGCAACAUGCUUAUCAUGACGUUGAGUUACGUCCAAGCUACCAGCGACACCUCCUUGAUCACCUCUUACUACAAGCUCCUCGACCAGUGGACGCAAUACCUGAUCAAUGACUCGCUCAUCCCCGCGAACCAAAUCAGCACGGACGACUUCGCGGGGUCGCUCGCUAACCAGACGAACCUGGCCAUCAAGGGCAUCAUUGGCAUCCGGGCGAUGGGCGAGCUGGCAAGUUUGGUCGGCAACAGUGAGGACAGUUCCAACUACACUUCCAUCGCGUCGUCGUAUGUCACGCAGUGGCAGAACUUCGCAACGUCGUCGGACGGCACACACUUGAUGCUCGCGUACAACAAUGAUUCCAGUUGGGGCCUGACCUACAACAUGUGGGCUGAUAAACUCCUCAAGCUUAACCUCAUUCCCGACUCGGUGUACGAGAUGCAAACGGCGUGGUACCCUACGGUAGAUGCUCAGUACGGUGUGCCCUUGGACACGCGUCAUACGUACACCAAGACAGACUGGCAAACCUAUACGGCCGGCAUCAUGACGAACACAACAGUCAGGGACAUGUUCAUCAGCGCCCUCUACUCAUACGCCGCCGACGGCGAGAACAACGCGCCCCUCAGCGAUCUCUACUACACCACGAACGGUGAAGUGUAUAUCUUCCGAGCACGCCCGGUCGUGGGCGGCCAUUUCGCCCUGCUGGCGCUUCAAUCCGCAGGAGUGAGCAGCGUAAGCAAUGCCACAGGGGGUGUCUCGUCUAUGGCACUUUAACGCGUCGUCGGGAUCUAGGCUUGAUGCAUGGCGUGCAGGUGGCACCUUGGCGUUGUCUGCCAGCUGGCUAUGACGUUCGCGAUGGUUUGGUAAUCACCAA